UAGUAUGCGCAUGCGUAUUAGCGUUAACAAUGUGGCUGCAUGUAGGUAGAGCUUUUCACCAGCUAAACCAGCGACGGUGCGUUUUGACAUCGAAAGCUGUGUGUGUCCGCCAGCUGCACAGCGGAGGGUUUACAGACAGCUGCUAUGAUGGCCUGUAUCCUGGACACAUCCACACCACUCCUAUCCAGAAAGCCCUGUUGGCCGCUGGGUCAGGUGUGGCUGCAUUACAGGAUCCCUACAGACAUGACAUGGUCGCAGUGCUUGGUGAGACGACAGGACACCUGGCGUUGAUUAAUCUGAGGGACAGGAUGAGAAACGAUCCUGAAGGCUACACUAUCCUAACAGAAAGGCCUAGGAUCCGGUUGUCUACGCUUGAUCUGAGCAAGAUGGCGUCCCUGCCUGACGGCUCCUUGGGGAGAGAGUACCUCCGUUUUCUGGAGGACAACCACGUGACCCCUGACUCGAGGGCAGACGUGAAGUUUGUGGACAAUGAGGAGCUAGCUUACGUCAUGCAGAGAUACAGAGAGGUCCAUGAUUUGCUGCACACCUUGCUGGGCAUGCCCACUAACAUGCUGGGUGAGGUGGCGGUGAAAUGGUUUGAAGCCGCUCAGACUGGGCUUCCCAUGUGUGCGCUUGGAGCUGUGUUGGGGCCUCUUCGGCUGAAUGCACGCCGUUUACAAUCACUGUUCACUUCCCUGGGUCCCUGGGCGCUGCAGAGCGGGUGGCGUUCCCGCUGUAUCCUCAGCAUCUUCUAUGAGAGGCGAUGGGAACAGAGCCUCGAAGACCUCCGGCAAGAGCUCAACAUAGAGCCGCCUCCUGUCAUACUCAGUGCUACCAACAAGAGCAGUGCCUGAGGAAGACGGAAGAAAGAUGCAUGACUCAGGUAUCAUGGGACAAAAAACUCUUAGUAGAGGAAAACCAGAAAUAUUUCAAGUGUUGCACUGUGGAGUUUUUCUAUGAGAAGGAUGUUCUUACUUACCAAGGAAAUGGGAAAAUCACACUUGGGAAAACUUGGCUUGUCCCUUCUUACAUCCUGUAUGUGUCAUUCUGUCUUUGACUGUGAAAGGUGAGUCAUUGAGUGGAGUCAUUUCAGCAGAUGAAAUGUUCAAGUCUUUACGUGUCUGUGAUUGUGAUGCAGCCACACAGCAGGUCUGAGCCUAAAGGUCAUGCUCGGUCGCCAUCUGUUGUUGAGAAUGUGAUAGAAAGUGUGUAUUCGUAUCGAGGACAAAACUACAUAAAAAUAAAAAUUAUGUCUGUUGUUAAACACACACCUGUAUAGUGGCGUUUCUUCAUUUGUUAAACUGCUGUUUUUGUGACCAGAUAUGUAAUUUAUUACAACUGUCAAAUUAUUGAGAAAUAGUUCAGCUGCAGGUGCUCGAUACUAAUGC